CCAAGAAGGAAAUCGUAGAAUUGAGAGUCGUCUAGACAGAGCCCUUUGUACGCCAGCUUGGAGAACUAUGUUCAGCGAAGCUAUCCUUUUUCAUGAGCUACCUCUUGAAUCAGAUCACUCUCCUCUCCGGUUACAACUGUUUGGGAUUAAAGAUAAUAGACCUCGACCAUUCAGAUUUGAUGAAAGGUGGCUCAACAAGGAGGAAUGUGAAGAAAUUAUCAACCGAAAUUGGGAGAAUGGCAGUAAUUGUGCUGAGAAGUUAGCGAACUGUGAAAACGAGUUGCGAAGUUGGGCUAGACAGGUCUACAAGGAUCAAAAUCAGAGAGCACUUGAUAUUCAAAAGAGAUUGACCGAAUUACUUGAGCUUGAUCGUGAUGAAGGAAUUGUGCAAGAAGAAAAGGAUCUUAUGGCUGAACUUGCAGCAAUUUGGAAGGAUGAAGAAUUGUUUUGGAGCCAAAGGUCGGGAGUAAACUGGAUUCAUCAUGGCGAUCAGAACACCAAGUUCUUCCACACUUCCACAGUACAGAGAAAUCAUAGAAACAAGAUUAUCACUCUUAAGGAUGACUUGAAUAAUGUUAUAAACAAACCUGAAGAGAUUUCUGAUCAUGUUACUGAUUACUACAAAUCUCUGUUCACUUGUUCUUCUCAAGCUCCUGAUCCAAGCAUCCUUCAUGACUUCCCCAAAUUAGUCACGGAAGAUAUGAAUCAAAAGUUGUGCAGCCUGCCUUCGACUGAGGAAAUUAAAGCGGCAGUGUUUGACUUAGGUCCAAGGAAAUCCCCAGGACCGGAUGGAUUUGCAGGACUUUUCUUUCGUCGGUUUUGGGGAAAGAUUGGUGAGGAAUUCUGCAAGGAAGUGCAGGAUUUUUUUAACUCAUCAAUGAUGCCACAUGGGUGGAAUAAUACCCACAUUGCUCUUAUUCCGAAAGUCCUUGCUCCGGAAAAAAUUUCUCAAUUCAGGCCGAUCAGUUGUUGUAACUUCAGAUACAAGGUUAUUUCAAAGAUCAUGGCUAGCAGACUGAAGCUAUGGAAUCCGGGGUUAGUUUCUGAAAUGCAAGCAGCCUUCACUGGAGACCGAUUGAUUCAAGAUAAUAUCAUUAUGGUUCAUGAAGUGCUACAUCAUUUCAAGAAUCGUCGAAAGAGCGGAAACUGGGACAUGAUGUUGAAAUUAGAUAUGCGAAAGGCAUAUGACCUUGUUGAGUGGGAUUGUCUUGAGGCCAUUCUUCAGGCUUAUGGGUUUGAUCACAUAUGGAGAGGUUGGGUGAAUCAGUGCAUUCGAACAGUCACCUUUUCGAUACUGCUCAAUGGGAGCCCUACUGAAUCUUUCACUCCAUCAAGGGGGAUUCGACAAGGCGAUCCUCUGUCACCAUUCCUUUUCAUCCUACUCUCAAAUGCUCUCUCUUUCUUGAUUGAUAAAGGGGUUCAAAAAGGUGAUAUUCAGGGUAUCAAGCUUAAUCGUAACUGCCCAGUCGUUUCCCAUUGCCUAUUUGCAGAUGAUACGGUCAUUUUCGGCAAAGCUAGUAUGAGAGAAGCUUCCCAAAUUAUGAACAUAUUGAAUCAGUAUGGAAGUGUCACAGGCCAGGAGAUAAAUGUUGCUAAAUCUUCUGUGUUCUUUAGUAAGAAUACUCCAGAGGCUAUCAAGGAUCUCAUCACUACUCAUUUUGGCUUCCCGCCAACGAUUUGCCACGAUAAAUACUUGGGGGUUCCUACUGAGUGGGGGAAAUCAAAAAAAGAAACGUUCUCGUUCCUGAUUGAGAGAAUGGAAAAAAGGGCCGACUCUUGGAAGAGUCUCCUCCUAUCUCCCGGAGGGAAAGAAAUCCUUUUGAAGGCAGUGCUUCAAGCAAUUUCGACCUUCAUUAUGAGCACUUUUCUUCUUCCUCUUUCCAUUACAAAUAAAAUGGAUUCCAUUCUGCGGCGUUUUUUUUGGGCAGGUUCUAUGAAAAAGAGAUCCAUUCACUGGUGCAAGGCUCGUGUUCUGGAAGACCCAAAGCAGGUAGGCGGUUUGGGAUUUCGAAAUUUCCAUCUUUUUAAUCUGGCUCUUGUUGGUAAACAGGUUUGGAGAAUGUUGACGAAUCCGGAUGCCUUGUGGGUCAAGCUACUCAAAGGCCUUUAUUUUCCGGACAGAGAUUUCCUUUCGUCUAGGAAAGGAAGGUGUGGUUCCUGGAUUUGGAAUGGCAUAUGCGACACCAAGGAAGCACUCAAACCAGAUAUUUUUUGAGGGAUCAUGUCAGGGACUGAAACUAACUUCCCUACUGAUCCAUGGAUCCCCUCUAUCCCAUCAUUCUCACUGAGGGACUUCAUUCUUCCACCGUCACGGGUCUCUGAUUGGAUCAAUCAAGAUACUCGUUCCUG